AUGUUUAAUUCACCAAAUGAUAGUUAUACAUCUUCACCAACUUCACCAUCCGGUGUAAUAUUUAAUCGACAUCAUCAUAAUUCUCGUUAUCAUCCAUAUAAUCGAAUUUCAACAUCAUAUUAUCCAACAAAUGAACUUGAAACAUAUUCAUUUGAUAAUAAUAAUAUUAAUACGAAUAAUCAUAAUCAAACUGUACAAAAUUAUGAUCAUUCAAUCAUGCCAUAUGAUUAUAAUCUUGCUUGGACAACAUCAUCAUCUUCUAUUGACAAUGAAAUAAGCAUUGAAGGACAAGCAACAAUCGGAUCAAAUCUUGGUGGAACAGGUGCUCCUCGUUGUUUUAAACGACGUGUCUCAGCUAAUAAAAAAGAGCGCCGUCGUACACAAUCUAUAAAUACAGCUUUUUCCGAUCUACGCACAGCGAUACCCAAUGUUCAACCUGACACAAAAUUAUCCAAGAUAAAAACACUUAAAUUAGCUACAAAAUAUAUUGAAUUUCUCAUGGAUAUAUUAUCUAAAGAUGAUCCAACAGCCAUGCCAAGUGCAUUUAAAGCUGAAAUUAUUAAAACAAGAAAAGAUCAUAGAGAUCUAAUGAAGUUUGAUAACUCAUUAUCACCACGUAAAAUCAAAGGACGAACAGGAUGGCCACAGGCAGUUUGGCAGUCAGAAUUAAAUCGUAAUGAAAAUUUUCAACAACAACAAAAUCAAUCAACUAAUGAAACAAAUCCUUUACCUCAAACAUUGCCACCACAAUUACAAUUGAAUACAUCAUCCGGAAGUUUAUCAAAUUCACCUACACUUUCUCAUAGUAGCUCAUCAUCGAGUACAAAAACAAUACACAAACUACGCACAUAUGACAAGCCGUAUUUAAGACAUAGCAAUGCAAAAAUGCGAUAG